GAUCCUCGCCGUCCAUCCAAGGCCUGGAUCCAUCUGGAGUUGCGGUCCCUGGAGCUCCCAACAAGCCCCACGUUUUUCAGGUAGAUAAAACAUAGAAAGCUUCAUGACCCAAUUCGAUGGAGACUAAUCAAGACUAGACGAUGAAUUCUCACAAUCGCAUUUUGGUGAGACCUCAUCUUUAAAAUUGAACCAAUUCGUAAAUUGAAUUUGAAAAUUGAAAAAUCAAUUUGGGGAUUAGGGUUUCCUAUUUGAACAGAGAUGAAGAAUAACCUCAGCAAUGGAACGAAGCUGAUUCUUCUUCACCCCUACAUUCAGAAGCAAGGGAGCUCCAAUCGUCUAUGGCUGCUCGCCGUCGUCUCUUUUCUCACUCUAGCAUUCCUUCUCACUCUAAUCUACACUCGCGAAUCAAUCUCCAUCUCCAGCUCAUCCUCCUCCACCGUCGUCUCCGCGGCCGCCGGAGCAACGGCUCCGCCGUUGCCGGCGGCGGUCUCGAGAGCGUUGAUCCACUACGCCUCCAUCUCGAACCGCACCGACCGGAUGUCGCAGGCGGAGAUCAAACAGAUCGCCGACGCUCUCCGGCAAUGCUCGCGGCGGCCGUGCAACUUCCUCGUCUUCGGCCUGACUCACGAGAUGCUCCUCUGGAGAUCGAUUAACUACAAUGGAAGGACCGUCUUCAUCGACGAGAACCGCUACUACGCCGCCUACGUGGAGGAGAAGUAUCCAGAAAUCGAAGCGUACGACGUUCAGUACGCGACGCGGCUGAGCGAGCUGCCGGAGCUGAUCGCGGCGGUGAAGGAGCAGGUGCGGAACGAGUGCCGGCCGGUGCAGAAUCUUCUCUUCUCCGAGUGCAAAUUAGGGCUCAACGAUCUCCCCAACCAGCUCUACGAGAUCGAUUGGGACGUAAUCCUCGUCGACGGUCCGCGCGGGUACUGGCCGGAGGCGCCGGGGAGGAUGGCGGCGAUCUUCACCGCCGGCGUGCUCGCCCGGAGCAAAAGGGGCGGAAACCCUAAGACGCACGUUUUCGUGCACGAUUUCAAUAUGGAAGUGGAUCGAAUAACGAGCGAUGAGUUUUUGUGCAGGGAGAAUCUGGUGAAGGCGAAGGGUGCGAUGGGUCAUUUUGUGCUGGAAAGAAUGGACGGCGCCACCGUGAGCUUUUGCCGGAGCAGCCACCCGUCGCCGCCGUCGUAAUUGAUUUUUACGUAUGUAUGGGUAAGUCUGUUUCUUAGUACAAUAAGGGUUAGAGAGGCGAAGUCAUGAAGAUUAUAAAUUAAUUUUUUUUUUAAUUUUUGUUUUUUUUAAAUGUAUUUUGUGAUUGUUGGUUUUAAUUUGUAUCUCCUUUUGAGUCGUGGAUUUGUAGCAUUUUCUUGUGUAUCUUGAAUCGGCAUAUAAAUGAGAUCCAUCAUAUCAAAUUUCUUUGUAUUAUUGUGUGGAUUUUACUGUAGAUUUUUAUUCAAAUUUAUUUUUCUUUCAAAAGAAAAUAUUAUUCUCUACGUCCAA